AUGCUUACUCUCACGGAAACUUCAACUCUCAAUACAAACUAUGUUAGCCAUCGUAAAAGCACUACCACUGCUUCAAUUGAUGAAUCAUAUAUAUCCCCUAUGGUACCAAUUAACAACUAUACCCUUCAAACUUCUGCUCCUCGUGUAUCCGACAACUCAUCAAGACGACGAUCUACUGCAUCUCAACAAGAAUCAUCUAAAAAAUCAUUGGAUCAACUGCAACCUUCACUGAAUAAUGCAUCAACAAAUCCUAUUCCUUCAAAAAUAUCAUCUGGGUGUCUCCGUAAGCUACAUGCUGAUGAUGACGGGAAACAUUCUUCUGAGAUGGUAUCAUCACCUCUACACGAUAAUCACGAUAUGCCUUCAAUUUCUCAGCAUAUUCCCUCAAAAAGAUUAUUUGAUGAUUCAUCAAAAGUUCUUUGUGUAUCCGAAAGAGUUUCUUCGCUUGAGACUUCCACUGAAUCCGAUUUAAAAAUGAAUGAUUCAACUCUAUCAAUCACUGAUAAUUUUAGUUCUAUAACUCCAAAAAUGUCUACUAAGGACAUUUACAAUACCCCGGAGACAUCGGUUCAAUUGAAACCAUUUGAUAAUCAAGUGGGUGGUCACACCUCUUUUUUUCGAUUUUCUCAAAAAGCAGUUUGCAAACCUUCAGUACCAAGAGAACAAUAUUUUUAUGAACUCCUUGAAAAAUCCCAUCCUGAACUUUUACCAUUCAUUCCCCAAUAUUUGGGUACUGUUAAUGUGAUUAAUCGUGCUCAUGAUGGUGACGUAAAAUCAAUGCCAGAAGUUGUUUUUGAACAAAAUAAACAUCUUUUACCUGAAUGGAUGCUCAAUAGAGUUAAUUCAUUUGAUAAUCGUUAUAGUGAUGACAACAAACGAUUAUUUGAUAAAGAGAAUAAUAAAAUACCUUCGGUAUCUAGUGCUCCAAGUUUAUGUUCUUCAAAAGUGAAUCAAGACCUAAAAAAUGAAGUUUUGCAAGAGGUAUUCUCACCUCGUGUUGUACGUGCUAGGAUGCGCCAGAUUCAAGCAUUACAGAAAGAACCUGUAAGAAGAAGGCAUUCGAUGGCUAAUGUUACUACCCUUCGAAGAAAGUCUGAAUGUAAGACACCUGAAAUGUCUGAAAAUAUGAUAACUUUUGAUUCUCCUUGCGAGAAGAGACAGAAGAAAUUGACAGUUGCUUCCAGAAGAAUCGGUUCACCUGACCUAUCAUCGUCUAAAUCUGGUAAUGAUCAUGGUGAUACUACUUCGACAUGCUUAACUGAUUGUCGCCGAAUCCGUAGUCCUAGUAAUGAUCAUUUUUCUAGUAUGACGACAUCUAUGAAAAAAGAAAAAUCAAAUUCUUAUCCAAAUUCAACCGAAUCUACUUCACAUACCGGGUUUUCUCACGAGAAAGCAAUUUCUGAUAUGCAUUCAGCUUUUAGCACGAGAGAAUAUUCAGCAUCAUCACAACCUGUUUUGCGUUUACAGUAUCCUACAAAGACAAAUUCUGAUGAGGAACUAGUCACUCCUCCACAAUCGCCUACUUCGAUUAAUAACCCUUGGUCUUUACGUUGUUAUUCGUUACAAAAAUCAGACGAAGCGCUUGAUAAUGUGCAACAAUUUAUUAUUCUAGAAGAUCUAACUGGUGGAUUGAAAUAUCCUUGUGUUUUAGAUCUAAAGAUGGGUACAAGGCAAUAUGGGAUCGAUGCGAAACCAAAGAAACGUGAAAAUCAAAUGAAGAAGUGUGCACAAACCACAAUACACCAUAUUCCUGUUAUUCUUCGUAAACUUCGCCGUCUUGCAAAAAUAAUUCGUAAACUUUCGAACUACCGAUUCUAUGGGAGUAGUUUAUUGCUUAUUUAUGAUGGUGAUGAGAACAAUCCACGAGACAUAGAUGUUAAGAUAAUUGAUUUCGCACAUUGUACAACGGGCAAAGAUUAUUUACCCGAAGAGUUUUUGAAUCCACCACAUGAAGGUUGCGACAAGGGAUAUUUAUUAGGACUUAAAAAUUUGUGUCAAUCUUUUGAAAGAAUCUAUAAAGAGACUCACGGUAUUAAACCUGAAGAUGUUGGUGAGGAGGAGGAAGGAGUUUUUUCAGAAAUAGGCGAAGAGCAUGACGAUAAUUUCUCUGGAUAA